AUGGCCUCACAAACAAAAACAAAAUACGUGCUCAUCACAGGAUGCAGCGACAACGGCAUCGGUUCAGCCCUAGCCAAAUCAUUCCACGCCAAGGGCCUACACAUCAUCGCCACAGCACGGAAUAUCACCAAAAUGCAAAAUCUACAAUCACUCCCUAAUAUAACAUUCCUCGAGCUAGACGUGACAUCCCCCGAAAGUAUCACCGCCGCAUACACCAUCGUUGAAAAACAGACGAACGGCAAACUAGACUAUCUGGUCAACAACUCUGGCGCAGGCUUUGUAAUGCCCCUCCUAGACUCGGAUAUUGAUAUGGGAAAGAACAUGUUUGAAGUCAAUGUUUGGGGCGUUAUACGAGUAACGCAGGUUUUUGCACCGCUGGUUGUUAAUGCUAAGGGGAUGAUUGUGAAUAAUGUUUCGACGGCUGCUUGUUUGGGAUUACCGUAUCAAGGAAUGUACUGCGGCUCCAAAGCCGCAAUUCGCCUAAUAAGCGAAACACUAGCCCUAGAAAUGAAACCCCUGGGAGUGAAAGUGAUCAUCGUCAUCACGGGGAACAUCCGUACAAAAUGGUUUAGUAAUUCCCCGAGAUUUGAACUGCCGGAGGGAUCCUAUUACUCUUCUAUGAUAGAUCGGAUUGGAGUUUUUGCGAGGGGGGAGCAGGGACAUCCGGAAAUGGAGCCUGAGGUUUAUGCGGAGAAAGUGGUGGGUGAUGUCCUUGGUGGUACUGAAGGGACGAUAUGGCGAGGGGCGCAGUCGAGUAUUGUUAGGGUUGCGAUGGGUGUUAUUCCGUCUUGGUUGAUGACUACUUGCCAGAGGGACGGGACUGGAUACUCUGAAGCUAUAGCGGAUUCAGGAAUGUCGCUCCUCUUCAUCUGGCGAAUUAUUUUAGGGCUAUGA